AUGGCCCCCACCAACAAACUGAAUCGACGACCUACCCCCCAAGCUGGAAGUGGCAUGGCCUCAAGGGCGAUGUUCCUCCACUUCGUCCACUCAAAGGAUCUCAAACGGGUGCGCCUGCGCUUCUCCGUGCCCAGAGGCCUCGUUUCGACGCGCUGUUUCGACGGCGGACAGGACAGGAUGACGGUGCCGACGAGCUGGGAAUCGUUGGAUUCCCAUUCCGUACGGGUUCAGAGUACAGAGGAUGUUCCCUCCAUGACUGACAUGAAGACGCUGGAAGGAGAUCCGCAUGAGAGCAUGGGAUCCGGUGCCAGCGUCAAAUGGGCGGAAUCGAAUCACCAACGACUCACGACCGAACGAAGAUGCCCUUGCUUCAUCAGCUUGCUUCAGCGAAGCGACUCGUCCGACGAGCCCGGUGAUGCCAAAAGGGUGCUGGCGGGUGCGGCAGCGGCGAGGUGGUCGGAGCGGCAGCUCGAUGGGGUAAAUGCCCUGAAUUGGGGGCGGACCCAUGAGACGGAUGAGACCCUAACCCGCAUGGCAUCAGAGAAGCCCCAUGGCAUCUCCGAGGAAAACGACGAGGAGACACCCAAAGACAUCGUGGUGGAUUGGAUGGCCGAUUGGAUUUGCAAGAUGGAGGUCAUUCGUCCCGAGCUGCUGCGCGCCGUCCCCGUGGCCUGCGCCUUGCGCGGCCUACGGCGGCCGACGGCCAAGGCCAAGGACCUCUACAGGAGCAGCGUUCAGACGGUGAGGAUCGAUGAGUUUUGGUCCCACAGCUGGCAAAGGAAAUCCUGGAAGAAGAUCUCGAGCCUUCUCUUCCUAAAGCGAGGUUUGCCUGCCGGCGUGAUGGGCACCCUUGCUGCCUUGAUUGGCGCGGCAGUCUCCAGCUACGGCCUACUGCCUCCCAGCGUUCCCUUCGGCACCAUUUCACUGUGGAACACCAUCUUCGGAUUCCUCGGCUUCUUCUUGACGCUCUUCACCUGGCCUGGCCGUGAGCGAAUCUUCUUGGACGCCUGCUGCAUCCACCAAAGCCACGCGCGUAGCAAGGCGGAGGGCAUCCGCAGCAUGAGCGGCAUCCUGAAGCGCUCUCAAAAGAUGCUGGUCCUAUGGGACAAGACCUAUGCAGAGAGGUUAUGGUGCAUGUUCGAACUGGCCGCCUUCGUGAAGAGCCGUGGAGCUGGCGGCAUGGCCAAAGGACAUUUGGCCAUUCGACCCACGCUGUUGGGGCCCUGCGUCUUAGCCAUCGUUUUAUCGUUGUCCAGCUUCUUCAUCAUCUUAGUUUGCGUGUUUUCCUACGGUUGGGAUCAUAUGGAGUUGCUCGGGGGCGUGUCUCUGGCGGUCUUGAUCUUGAGCUACCCUGCGGCCGCGGUCUUUCGGGGCUACUUCCAUUCGGUUCAUGUGCUCCAGGAGCAAUUGCAGGACUUCCGACUCUCCAACACCAAGUGCUAUUGCUGCACCGUGAAGCACGUCACAGAGAAGGGUGUGCCAUUGCCUUUGUGUGACCGCGAGAUCCUGACGAAGUCUAUUGGCAUUUGGUUCGGGAGUGGCCUGAACUUCGAACAGGACGCCCGAUCGGUGGUCCUGGAAUGCUUGACGGAGCAGCUGGGUCAUAACUACUUCCCGUAUUGGCUUUGGCUGGUGGCCACCUCUCCCAUCUUGUGGAUCUUCUUGGACAUCACCGUGAAGUCCCAGUCCCGCCCUGGUGGUGCCUGGAGCGAUCAGUGGCCUUUUUGGUUCAUCUCGGCCUGGGGCUGGUGGAUGGGUGCCUUUGCUGGACAACGAUGGAGCGACGAAACGGAGCGACGAGAUGGAGCGGAGCGACGACGACGGCUUUUGAGGAGCGGAGCGAAGAGGUGCCGUGCCCUGUUGUGGGGCCGCUUUUUUUCACAUCUGCAAAGUCCUGCGUACGCCGUGGAAAACCCGUUGGAUGGAUCGCGCGAUGAAUCUCCUGGUGGCCCUCGUGAUGCAGCCGAUCUUCGGCACCAGUUUCCUGAUCAUCAGGCUGCUCUUUCAGUGGCCUCUACCGCCUUGGCUGUCCGGCUCCAUCUCCAGUGUCGUUCACAUCGCGUUGGCCAGCCUGGUGUGGAACGUGUCCGCUUGGACGCGACAGCUGGGCUUGGCUUCUUGAACCAGUCCCCACGCACCAGUCGCUUUGAAUUCACGCUGCAUGGUCCUUUCUCAGAGCAGGUUGAUCCCGGCUUGGUUUGGAAGGGAUCCACGUUUGAGCCUUUCGCCUUGUUGCAGACGAACGAGAUGAAGCUGGUGAGGGGCUUUCACAGCUUUCGCCCAGAAGUGCAGUUGCCAGACUAUGAGUGCCAGUUCUUGCCAGAGGACUGGUAUGAAUUGAAGCAAAACUUCGUGGGGAGCCUGAACUUCUUCCCGGAGUUUGGCGCAGUCAGGUUUCAGUCCGAGACCGACGAGGAGCAACUGGGCGACCUCCAGAUUUGGCUGAACUACGCGGUGGCCUUUUCGGAUCACAACUGGUCCGUGCGCGAUUGCCCCUUCGCGAACUUCAUCCGGAGGCUCUACUUGUGGUCCUUGUGCACCAUUGUGGAUGGGCUGCCACACCGUGAUCACGUCGAGUGGAAGGCCACCGGAGAGCCUGUGUGCCAAGAGCUCCGUGAUGCCCCCAUCUCCUUGGCCAGGGAGCUCUUUGGACGCGAUCACAGCUCCUGGGGCCUCAGGAGUUGGGAGCAGAUCUACGUCUUCAUGAACACGCGCUUCGCGGAUCUGAUGACGAUGUGGGUGCGACCCGCGGAGGAAGCCAUCAGGAUCGUGGCUCCCCACGUGGAGCCAGGCGUGGACUGUGAGUUGCAAGAGGAGUUCCCUUCUGGCUGGGAUUGGAAAGGACACCUUACGAGGAUGUCCGACCCAUCUGUGGGGUCCACCUCCAAGGAGAGCUACCAUGAUGCCAUCCACUACACACUGAACCCUCAUGCCAUGCAGAACAUGGAGGGGAAGGUGCAGGAAUGCCCCAUGGGUUGGCUCGCGCUUUUGGUUCACCAGAUGCUCAUCUGCAUGGGCGGCCUCACUGAACAGGCAGCCUUCAGCGCGGCGAUGCUGGAGAAGUCCUUCUUUCUCAUCGAGCAAGACAAGGGUAUUAACUGGGUCCUACACGCGCUGUUGAAGACUCGGUGGCCCAUUAACCGCUUCUUCUUCAGCACCGGCCUCAUGGUACAAGCCAGGAGAUUUGUGGAUGAUCAACCAAGAUAUCAGCAUAAGCCUUACGAGCUCGAUUUCCAUCCCAGUGAGCUCCUCUAUCCCUUUGACGAGCGGCAUCAGCUACCGCAUGGCUUCUCCGUGGCGGCGCUCCGGCAACGGCGCAGCGGCUUCGGGCGCAGCGAGAGCUACGCGCAGCUGCUGCGGGCGCUGGAGAUGUCUGUGACUCGAGCAGGCCUUGUGGGAGGAAGACCUGUGGUGAUGUUCACCUUAGUCUAUGGGGAACGCUAUGCCAGGUAUUUGGCCAAUUGGAUUCGCCGCUCUGCAGCCUUUGGGCACGAAGCGAGGACCUUGAUCUUCUGCCUGGAUGAACACACGGCCGAGGCGUGCCGCGCGAGCCAUGGGAUUCCUGAACUCUGUGUUCAAGGAGGAGUUCAGACGACUUCCAACAAGUUUCAUUUGAUGUCGGCCAUUGUGAACUCCGGCGUCGAUGUGCUCUACCUGGACUUCGACUUGGUCUUCUUCAAGGAUCCCCUGCCGCCCAUCUUGACGGCCGCCAAGAAGGCCGAGCUCUUGUUGACCCGUGACCUGGGCAGCGAGUGCAUCAACAUCGGCGUGGUCUUCAUGAAGUCCCACCCGGCAAAUGCCAAGUUCCUCCAGGAUCUGAUCAUUUGGCUCUGGCAUCACCCCUAUGAGUUCUGUCAAAAGGCGUUCGCGGGGCUAAUGGGUUUGGAGGACCUCCAAUGGAAUAGCCUCUACGGCAACACUGUGGAGGCCUUACCACGUUGGGGGUUCUUGGACUCCUUGAACGCCUUUGUCACCAGUUCUAUCUAUGGCGAAGCCACUGGAUGGACAGGAGACGAGGACCGGAUCGUCAUCUAUCACUACUUGGACGGCACCGGUGCGGUGGACCCUGCGAUCGCCGUGCGCGGCUACGUGAAUUUGUUCGAUCUGUUCUAUGCCAAUGACAAGUUGAACCUCUCCGACCCGGUCACACCGCUCUAUUUGCAGGACGAGCAAGUGAAGUCCCAACUGGACUUCUCGCGCCACCCGGCGCCCAUUAAGCUGCAGCCUUGCAGCCACAUUGAAGAGAGCGCCUACCCCUCCUGGAAGCAGCGCCAGCGAGCACAGCUUCGAGAGCGGAGAGAGCUUUGGCCAGUCCAGCUCUAA